CAUGCCCUUCUUUUGACCCUAUAAAUACUGAAGCCCAAACUUUACUUCAACCCACUCAUUCCCUCCAUCAAAUUCAACCAAGAGCUAGCUAGCAUCAAUGGCAGAAGCUGGUCGUUUCCUUUGCACUUUUCUUUUGAUUCUCUUCACCAUUAACGUUCUGUCCUCUUUAAGUGUCCCUGCAAUGGCGGCCGGCCGUGGCAUCCCCAACGAGGCGUCUAAGAAUGUGGACAAAAAACUCCAUCCUGAGUUUCUCCACGGUUACGAUGGAACCGUCUUGAUUCCCGGCUUCGGCCGCGUAGUCAUCCCGCCCAAGGGUGAGAUAGUGGACCCGUUCAACUACAACCCCAUCACCGGCAAGAGUGGCGGCGGAACUGGCGCCAUCAACCCCUUCGAUGGCAUUAUAGGAGGCGGCUCCGGCUAUGUUCCCGGCGGAGAUGACACUCUCCUCCCUAACCCGGGCGUGGAGGUACCCAACCCGCCUGUAGCAGCUGGCGGCGGCGAUGAUGCUGGCAGCCUUUCUCCUCCAGCUCGUCACUGAUGAGUGAUGAAUGGAAGUGAUCGAAGAUGAUUUGAUAUAUACGGAUCGGAGUAUACUAUUAGUACGUACGUAUAGUAUGAAGUGGUGAAUAAGAAGCUGUUGUAGAAGCUUAGCGUAAUUAAUAAUUAAUGGCAUGCAGAUUUAAUUUGAAGGUGUCUUCGCCUGGCUGGAUUAUUUAGCGUUCAAUUCGUUUAUCUUAGGAAUCAUCGAUUUCUUGCAACUGUCGAUCAUAUUCUGUACUUUAAUUUGCUAGAGGUUACUUAUGUCCUUGUCGUGGACUCGUGGUAUUUAAUUACGGAGUAUUACAUAUACGUAUGUAUGGUAGUUACAUUGUUUUAAUUUGAUUCAUGCAGUCUUGUAUCGAUCUGGCCAUCUGGGGUUACGUUCCACUAGUCUUCCCUCAGUCAACUAGUCAACUACCAAGUCAAGUGGUCUUAUGUCAUCAAUUAGUUUAUAUAUAUAAAUACCAAUAAUACAGUCAUAAACAGUUCUUUUCUACUUUUGGGCCAACGUUAAUUAGACAGUUGCCAAUUUUAGAUUCAAUAAAUUUCAUUACAUCUAAUAUUCUUG